UUUGCUAUAAAUAGGUGGAGGAGGAUAGACACUCCUCAGUCCUCACCCCCCAAAAAGAAAAGAAAAAGAAAAUAAGCAUCCAUAAUGGCUGUUCACAAAGAAGUUAGUUUCCUUGCUUACCUACUUGUUCUUGGAAUGUUGCUACUUGUUGAUGCCAAGGCGUGUACCAAAGAAUGUGGUAAUCUUGGCUAUGGGAUAUGCCCGCGUUCAGAAGGAAGUUCGAAAAAUCCCAUAUGCACCAAUUGUUGCGCAGGCUAUAAAGGUUGUAAGUAUUACAGUGCUGACGGAUCUUUUGUUUGCGAAGGAAAAUCUGACCCCAAACACCCAAAUGCUUGCCCCCGAAAUUGUGAUCCACAAAUUGCCUAUUCAAAAUGUCCUCGUUCAAAAGGAAAGACGAUGAUUUAUCCCACGGGAUGCACCACCUGUUGCACAGGGUACAAGGGUUGCUACUAUUUCGAUAAAGACGGCAAAUUUGCCUGUGAAGGAGAGAGUGAUGAACCCAAGGCAUGUACUCUGGAGUGUAACCCUAGAGUUGCAUACAUGACUUGUCCAUCUUCUGGAUUGGCCAAGCUUAAUCAAGUUUGCGUUAAUUGUUGCACCGCAGGAGAGGGCUGCAAACUCUAUGAUCAUGAUGGAUCUUUACUUUGUACUGGAGAACUUCAAACCUAUAUAUCCGCAGCAUAAGGCAUCUAUCUGCCUACUUCUAAUCAACGACAUGUUGUAGUAUUUUAAUGUAUGAAAUAAAAGCAUUCCCGGCAAUGUAUGCAAUGACAUGCAUGCUAAUCAGCUACCAGAGUGUCUGUUAUGUUAUGUGCAAUAAGAUUCGAAUUUUGUUAAUGA